AUGGCCAACAAAUCCAAGAGAGUCAAGAUUGGCAAUGAAACCUUGACCAUCAUAAACGCAGGGGGGUACAAAGUCAACACUGACGAUAUUUUGAUCAAGGAACAGAUAGAGCAAAGCAUUUCCAAGUCACAAGUGUAUAAAGGAGAAGAUAUCCUGGACCUGGAAAUUACUACAAGAUCGCCAAAGAGCCCCCAAGUUUUGGAAGUUACCCAAGAGUGUGCCAUUUCAGCCUGUCGAAGGAUUCGAGCGGAGGAUGGCAAAAGUCAUAUUGGCUGUUUGAACUUUGCCAGUGCCAAAAAUGUCUGUGGAGGCAUGCUAAAAGGGAGCUUAGCUCAAGAGGAGAGUCUUGGAUAUUGCACCACAUUAUAUCCAACAUUGGAUCGCUUUCAGGCGGAAUAUUAUGAGACGAACCGGCGAGAUCCCAAGCAGGGACUUUACAACGAUAUCUUAAUUGUGUCGCCGGAUGUCAUGGUGAUCAGAGAUGAUAGUACUUAUGAGCUACUUUCUGAUCCUUUUCCAGUGACCUUCCUGUCUUCGCCAGCAGUCAACAAAGGUCAUGCUUUGACAUUCAAGGAUGUGCCAGAGACCUUGAUCCAAUCGACAAUGGAACGUCGGAUUGAGAGCGUUUUGAAAUUGGCGAUUUAUUAUGAAAUUGACUCUCUAGUUCUCGGCGCGUGGGGAUGUGGAGUGUUUAAAAACGAACCCAUUGAAAUCGCCCGGAUGUUCAGCAAGUACCUUUGUGACGAGGGGUCGCCAUUCUUGAACAGAUUUUCGAAAGUGGUGUUUGCCAUUGGAUCGGACAAAGCGAAAUUGGUAGUAUUUAAAAAAGCAAUGAUGGUCAAGUCAUGA